AUGUCUUUUUAUACCUUCUCUGAUUUUGAGUACGGCGAUUCUAUUCCUGAUGAUGAUUGGGAAUAUACCGUUGCGCCGCCUCCGCCUACACCUGUGCCUGCUUCAAGGCAAAAACGGGGUAAGGGAUGUCCACCACCCAAGUCCCAGUUCCUUCAUGCUAAUGUCGCAAGUAGGCAGGAGAUUACAAAGGGAAGCCGCCCGCAGACUCCGCGUCCUAGACGAGAUGGACCGUUUAGCUCAAUUUGGCACGGCAUGCUGGUAUUGCCAUAUUCUGAGACGUGCUCGCCGUUGAAGGGUGCGACGUUGGUUGUCUUGCCACAGCUAUGGGCUGCGAUAGUCAUGUCAGACUUGGGGGACAAUUUGAAGAACAGAGGUCGCACGAGCAUACGGCCUGACUGA